AUGGAAUCUGGAGGGGACCAAGCACCGACCACCAGAACGGCCUUAUCUGUGUCCGCUGGAGCCGCAGCAGUGCCGGUGUCGUCGACGCCCAAUACGCUGUCGACGACGGGCGGCGCGACGCGCGAAUGCGCCGGCUGCGGCAAGCGGAUCCUCGACAGGUUCCUGCUCAAGGCGCUGGACCUCUUCUGGCACGAGGACUGCCUCAAGUGCGGCUGCUGCGAUUGCAGGCUGGGCGAGGUCGGCUCCACGCUUUACACCAAGGCGAAUCUCAUACUUUGUAAAAGAGACUAUCUUAGGUUAUUCGGUACAACAGGAUAUUGUGCAGCGUGUAAUAAAGUUAUACCGGCCUUUGAAAUGGUAAUGAGGGCGAAAAAUAACGUCUAUCACCUAGAAUGUUUCGCAUGCCAACAGUGCAAUCAUAGGUUUUGCGUAGGAGACCGAUUUUAUUUAUGUGAAAAUAAAAUUCUCUGUGAAUACGAUUACGAAGAACGGCUAGUUUUCGCAAAUAUGGCGUAUAAUCCGAGUAGUUUAGCUCAUAUCAGACGGCAAGUCAAUAGUUUGCAGCCACCGGCGGGCGGCAACCCAACCACACUCAAUGAUGGUAGAUUAGUGACCAACAGCCCGUCCUGUUACAGCGAGAAGAAUUCGGACACGGCGCCGCCGCCCCACGUCCCACUGCGACAGCCCAUUAGCCUCGGCGAGUUGCCCAUGCACCAUCACCAGCUCACCGCCUCCCACAAUCAGAUGCUGUCGGCGCCGCACCAUCUGCGCGGCGACGACGGUUCCAGCGGGUACGGCAGCCCCGACUCGGAGACCUUCGAACCGACGCCGGCCCAUCAGUGACGACAGCUGGCCGCCACGAUGCGUGGCGCCCCCCAAUUGAACGGAGGAGGACGCCCGAUAGCCACCAAGGGCCGACACAAAAGGAAAACGAACGAUACCUAAUAUUUUCCCACGUUUUUCGGCAGAGGUGCCGGACCUUUUCCUUGAUACUCGCAAUUCGACGCUGUAGACAAUACUAUUUAGUAAUUCAGAUCAAAGUCUUGGUGAUCAAUAAGUAUGUUUGUUUUUUGUUUAGGUAUCGUUCGCGGGUCUUUUUGAAUGAAUUUGUGUAGUGAGUAAAGUGAACGGAGAUAACGAUCUCAUUUGUGCUAGUCCAAUUUGCCAAAAAAAGUAACUUUAAUGAACGUUACAAACAGAAGAAGUCGUCGUAUUAUAUCCGCGAUUAUUAUCUUUAUUGUUGAAAUUAAUUUAUUUCACUCAAAUAGUAUACGAAAGAUAUUUUAACUACCUGCCAAAAGAGCAAGAAUCUAGACUUAAGUUGUAAUUCAUUACAUUACAAAUGAAUAUAUUUUAGCACUUUAUUUUUAAGCUAAAAAUUUGUAUUUUUUUACAAGUAUUAAUAGAUGCAUACGUAACAUAAAAACCUGUUAAAAAACGUUUUGUCUACUAACUGUUACUACCUAAACACACCAUCAAUUUAUUAUUUUAAUAAAAUUUUUCGCUUUCGCACAGAGUCCGUUUAUCAGUGCCUUUUCGAAUCGCUGUCUCAAAUUUAUCCAGAAUAAUAUACUCUUAGUAUUUUUUGGAAUAAUUACGUAUGCCUCUUUCAAUACUUAGUGCAAUAUUUCAUGUACAGUUAAUAAAUCCACACAUGUUGUAUACUAUAUUCGUGGCCUGUUUAGAACCUUUCUCAGGUUUUUCCUAAGCUUUCUUUUCGAGUUUCUGUCCUAUUGAUGUUAAAAACGGCGUUUUGUAAUGUUGCAAAUAAUAUGCGUUAUUUUUGGGAAUAACAUUUGUUUUACUUGGAAAUUGAAAAAUUAAGUUGUAUUAUUUUUUCGUUAAAAGAAAUGCAGUGUUUGUUAGUAAGUUUGUUUAACUUAAAUACACUGUUCUAUUUUUAGAGUAUAUAAUUUUUUUUAAUCGUAAAAUUGUAUAAAUUGAAUUAUUAAGUUUUUAUUGAAUUUUUAAGUUAUAAUCACGAGCAGAAAUUCUUGAAUUUAGUGCAAUAAAUUAACUCUGCUCUGAUGCUCUGAUGAAUUAUUCUCUACAAGAUAAAGAAGAGGGAGUGUUUUCUUAACGAAGAUGUUCAAAAUUUUCCAACACCAACUAUAAGUGUAUUCUUGUCAUAGUUCAUAAAAACAAACAUAAUAAUGGCCGCAAAAUAUAAAGCAUCGUGUAAGGGAAUAGAUUUUAUUCCUCCCACUUCCAUGUAAAGGGUUCUUUGAUUCAAAUUGCAUAUUGCUCAAGAAACAAGAAUAUGCUAUAGUGGCAAGUUUAGGCAUAAAUAUUUUAAAAAAUAAUUUUACAUAGGGACAACUAUAAUUUCCUUGCAGUGUAUAUUAUGUAAUAUACCUACAUUAUAUUUAAAUUUUCAUACUGGUACAAGAUUUCUACUCUUGUAGUAGUUUCUACUAUACUACAUUACUAAUAUUUUUCAUAUUGAAUUGCUACUUUACUACAGUUUGUUUAGUAUUUCAUUUGUCAAAACUUUACUAAUUUCAAUGACUUAUUUCUAAUUUUGUAAAUAAGACACACGUUUGUGAUUAAAUUGUAUAGUUUGUAAAAAUCCUACUUUUAGUUGGUAUUGUGAUAAAAAAUAUUUCUAAAAAUAUUAAAGAACGCUGCUAUCUAUUAGCUUUUUAUAUACA